UAUAAAUAAUAGCUUAAUAGGAAAUAAGAAACAGAAAAAAAAGGGUUUUUUCUUCUUUUCUUCUUCUUUAUACAAUCAUGUCUGAACCUUUACCUCCUGGAUGGGAAGCGCGUCAAGCACCCAAUGGUCAAUAUUACUUUAUCGACCACAGCACACAAACAACCACUUGGGAAGACCCUCGUCAACGUAAUCGCGGAUAUCAAGCCCCUCCUCCUCCUCCUGGUCAGUAUGGUGCCUAUCCUCCACAGCAACCAUCUUACGGCGGUUAUCCUCCCCAACAAGGAGGUUACCAACAACCCGGAUACCCACCUCAACCAUCGGGUUACCCACCAGCACCUCAGCAACAACCCGGCUACUCUCCUCCACCUCAACAAGCUUACCCUCCUCCACCUCAACAACAACAAGCUUAUCCUCCCCCACCUCAACAACAGGCUUACCCUCCCCCGCCUCAACAGCAGCAAGCCUACCCUCCUCCAGAACAACAAAAAGGUGCUUAUCAACCUUAUACUACUUCACCUUAUACUCCUCCUCCUCCUCAGCAAGGUUACCCCUCUCCUCAGGGCUAUGUCUCUCCUUCUCCUCAGCAACCAGCCAAGAAACCUGGCUUGUCUAACGGUAUGAAAUUAGCAGGCGCUGCUGCUGCCGCAGGUUUGGUUGGUUUUGGAAUUUCUGAAGUCAUCAAUCACGAAGAACAACAGAGUGAACGUAUUGAAAGACUCGAACGAGAAGAACGCGAGGAUCACUAUAGAGAACAGCCAAGUUAUAACAGUGGUUAUAAUGGCGGUGGUGGUGGUUAUGGCGGAGGUGAAUAUGGUGGUGAAUAUGGUGGCUAUAACGGUGGAGGUACAACCACGGUCAUUAAUGAAGACGGCGGUUGGUUUGGACGAGAUAAACAAACCAUCAUUCAAACAGAUCAAUAUGGAGACACUACAGUUAUAGAAAAGAAGGAUGGUUGGUUCCAUGAUGAAACAACAGUUACCGAGACGGAUGCAUAUGGUAAUACAACCGUGGAAGAAGAAUCAAGUUGGUUCUAAGGAUACCAAUUUUGUGUGUGAAAGGAUAUGAAGCAUAUAAAAACUUUAAUAUAUGCGUUACAUAUUUUUUUCUUUUGACAAAUAAAAAAAAUGCAUGCAGUGUC